AUGAGGAAUCAGUUACGCGGUGUAUUCAAGCGGUCGUUUGCGUUCCCAUCCAUGUCUCCGCCAAUCGAAUUACGUGAAGACCUGUUCAGAGACAGCCCUGGAAGCCCUCAACAAUCCAUAGCCAGCCUCAAAAGAUCCGGGAUGAGGAAUUCCCCGGAUGAACCGGCUGACUGGGACGACCUAGAUUAUGGAGCCACUCCAAAGGGAAGCCGCAAAAUGUUCGUCAACCUGGACGACACCGAAAGCUUGGGCCGAGUUAACGAGAUGUACGAAGACGACGAUGAUACCCAGGACUUUGACGAUCUGAUUUUUGCGUUGAAGACUGGGGGCCACUUUGAACCAACACUGGACGAAGAAAAGGACCUGGAUUUGGGUGACCAAGGAGAUGAACAAUAUGCAAUGAGAAGAAUCUCUAUCGCUGAUACACAUUUAUAA